AGCGAUCACACGCCGGAAGUUGUGAUAAAUCUCACCGGAAGUCCUCUGGUUAAAGGGAUUUGUCUGUGUUUCCUCCGUACCAUCUUAACAGAUAAUAAGCAUGGCAUAAUUUAUCAGUUGAUUAUUGUAAAUUUUAUAAAGCAAAAUUACAUGACAAGGAAAGUACGAAGUUAAUUUGAAAAGUGAGGCGGAACAUUGCAGCGUAGGAACAUGUUUCCGUCCGGACUGCAAUCAGCAAACAUACAAACAAACAAACCCGGGAAACUUUGUCAGCUGGUUCACCCUUAAAACCAGACAUGACAGAUGUUUUAUCGUUAGUGUUUAGGACUUUCGUGUCACAAACAAAGCCGCAGAAGGAGCCGGCAGUGAGGCCGCCGUCCGCGGCGUCCUCCAGCGUCCUGUUGGUCGGAGACCGCGGCGUCAGCAGCUCCCUGCUGCUGCUGGCGGCCGUCACCGCGGCGUCCGAGAUGGGCAUCCGAGUGGCGUUCUUCACCCAAACACAGAUCCAGAGCCUUCCAGAAACACUCCGGAGAUGCGUUCCCAGCCUCCGCCCGGAGGGACUGAAGAAAACAACCUUUUUCUACCCUCGGACUCUGGAUCAGCUCCUCCUCCACGUGGCCAGCCUUCACGAGUCCCCUACUCCCCCCGCCCUCAUCGUGGUUGACAGACUGGAGAGCUUCUUGCGAGACCCGGCAGGCGGCAGCAACGCUGGCCUCUCCGUCGGAGAGCAGUCGUCUGCCGCGCAUGUGUCUGCGCUGCUCUGCGACACCGCAUCUUUUCUCACACAGGUGCUGGAGAAGAGGGGGUCAGGCUCCGCCCCCUGCCGCAUCAUUGCAUCUUACCUGUCAGAAGCGGACGCCAACAAGGACAGUGAGGAUCUCUCUGUCACGGAUCCAGUUCUGGACGUCCUUGAUCGGUAUUUCCAGGUCCGCUGCACUCUGGACCGGGACAGAGGCUACGAAGCUGCAGCAGCUGCAGUUCAGGAGGUGUGGCACGUCUACCUUUCAGGAAGAGGAAUCGCAGAAGCUUCUUCUAAUAAAGAUUGGGAGGAAAAACACCGAGCAGCCCAGGAGUGGAAACUUUUAAUUCUCCCUGAUGGGGUCAUAGAGUUUAAUUCAGUUUGAGAAGUCUUUAACAAUAAAGGACUAUUAGAAGAAGCCAUUGCUUAAUUUUUAUACCAGACCGUUGCAAAGAAACAAUUUAUUUUGACCUUUUUUUAU